GUCACGAUGCAAGGCGCCCUGUAGCUGGCGGUGAGUUUAAAACCGUCCUAGUUUUUCUGAGCUACUGUCUGCACAAGUACUCCUCGCCAGUAAAUGCUGUUUUCUGUUUGUGACAACUUUUUGUUCCCGAAGCCGAGGUUAUCCCCAUGCCACAAGACAGCACGCUCCUGCAGGAUUUGCCCUGCGUCGACGUUCAACACUCGUUGUAUUCCAAAGCGAAGAAGAGCAAGAAGUGGCAAACUUACCUGACUGAAGACUUGGACAGUGAAUGCACCCCAAACGAACUCAUUCCACAGUGGUCACCUGGCCCAAAACGCCAACGCAUUGUAUCUAAGGGCAAAGAAAAUGACUGCAACAAUUUUGUUAUUUCUAAACGAUCACGGAAGAGGAAAGACUCUCAACUGGGAAUUUCAUGGGACCACCUUCCAGAUGAGUUGAUCCUCAAGAUUCUGUUUUUCCUGCCUCUGCAGGACCUUCUCAGGACAUCGGUCAUUUGCAGACGCUGGCAUCGUUUGGCGUUUGAUGAAUCACUGUGGCAAAGUGUGGAUCUGGUGGGGGUGACCAACAUGGUUCCAGCACUGCAGCAGGUGUUGAAGACGGGGGUGCGCAGGUUACGCUGCCCUCACUCUUUUAUAGACAAUCUGCACUUUACGGGCAUGUGCCCGCUGCAGAUGACUGAAAUGGACCUGUCCGGCUCCAUCAUCUCCACACGGACCCUUGAAGGCAUCAUCCGUCACUGUAAUCUUUUAGAGUGUCUUAGCCUGGAAGGGCUGCAACUUUCUGACAACGUUGUCAGCGGUCUGGCCCAGAAUCCACUCCUACGGCAGCUCAACCUAAGUGGCUGCUCCAACUUUACUCCUGAGCCGCUCGCUGAACUGCUGCAGACCUGCUCCAGACUGGAACAGUUGAACAUAUCAUGGUGCAUCUUCACCAAUAAUCAUGUGAAAAGUGUAGUCAAUCACGUAAGCUCCACUGUUACGCACCUCAACCUCAGCGGAUACAGAGAGAGCCUCACACUAGAUGAUGUGAAGGUCCUGGUUACGAGAUGUCCUAAUAUUCAUGCUUUAGAUUUGAGUGACAGCACGCAGCUGAUGUCCGAUUGCUUCCCCGUGCUCUGUGAGCUUAAACAUCUGCUGCAUCUGUCCUUGAGCCGCUGCUAUCACAUUCACAUUGCUGCACUCACUAACCUCAGGACGACAUUUCCCACGCUGCAUUACCUGGAUGUAUUCGGUUUGGUAAAUGAAAGCCACUUGUCUUCCUUGAGGAAGGAAAGCCCCGGCAUUUGCAUCAACUCCUUGCCGUUCUCUGCUAUCGCACGACCCACGCCUGCCAAUAUCAUUGGAAACGUUGGCAGCCACAGCAUGUGGAACAGGAAAGUUCGACUGAGGUUCAGGUUAUAGGGAUUUUCAAAUUUGACCCCAGUUAGUGCAGUUGUAGUAUGUUAAAAUCAAGGUCAAAUGUGUUCAUACGAAACCAACAUUUUUAGGUUGGUUAGGAAAAUCAUUCUACCUAAGUGGUGUUAGGAAACUUUUAAUGGUACAUUGAAUCUGUUCAGAGGUUAAUAUAAACAUGUCAGUGAGGUGCUAAAUGUAACCUUUGCAUGCCUUUCAAUAUUUGUCAGUUUAUACAUUUUAUAAGCAGUGUUACUGAUGUUGAGAUUGUAUUUUUCUACAUUAGCGCAAGUCGAGGUGUAAGAUGUAGACACCGAACAUUCAAUUCCUACGAGAAUGUGUUCAACAUGUUCAUAACACGACCAGGUUUAAGGAACAA